UCAUCACUCACAUUCCAAUCAACAAAAUCAUUGUUUUUAGUAUCAAUAAUAAUAAUGGAAAACUUAUCAUCAGGAGAUGAAUCUGAUCAUCAUCACCAAUGCUACAAUAAGUUUGAUCAGGAUUAUAGUGUUAGUGCUGAUGUUAGUGAGUCCGAAAGUUGUGGAAAUUCUUCUUUUGAUUCUCCGGUUGCUUCCACUUCUCGUAGUACGCCUCAUUUCACCUCCUCUUUCCCUGACAUUUCUCCGGCUAAACCCGGAGGAAUGUACACUGGGAAAGCACAGAAUGAAAACUUAUCUGAGGCUCGAUUGAUGAAAGAUAGAUUCUCAAAGCUGUUGCUUGGAGAAGAUAUGACUGGUAGAGGAAAUGGAGUUUGUACUGCCCUUGCUGUCUCUAAUGCAAUUACACAUCUCUCUGCUACUGUUUUUGGGGAUUUAUGGAAAUUGGAACCCCUUAGCCAACAAAACAAGUCAAUGUGGAGAAAAGAAAUGGAAUGGCUUCUAUCAGUAAGUGAUUCAAUCGUCGAGCUUACACCAUCAUUUCAAGAAUUCCCUGAAGGUGGCACUUUUGAGGUCAUGGUGACUCGUCCACGGUCUGAUUUAUAUGUAAAUCUUCCAGCACUAAAGAGGCUAGACGCAAUGCUUGUAGCCAUGCUUGACGGAUUCCAUGAUUCUGAGUUUUCUUAUGUUGAUCGUGGGCAAGUUGAAAGACAUUCUAAUGCUUCACUAUCCGAUAGCUCUUUGGUUCAGUAUGAGGAGAAAUGGUGGCUGCCAUUCCCAAAGGUUCCACCUAAAGGAUUGUCGGAAAAUACAGUUAAGAGAUUGCAACAAUGUCGUGAAUGCAGCAAUAAGAUAUUUAAAGCAGCUGCAUCGAUCAAUGGCAAUGUGUUGACACAGAUGGAAGUUCCUAAAGUUUACUUAGAGAGCUUACCUAAGAGUGCGAAAGUUUGUUUAGGUGAAACACUUCACCACUAUAUAACUACUGCACAGUUCUCACCGGAAUCCCUUUUAGAUUACUUGGAGAUGUCUUCAGAAUGCACCACUCUUCAAAUAGCAAACAGGAUUGAAGCAGCCAUGCAUAUUUGGACACAAAAAUGCUUUAAGAAUCAUGGAUCGGGAAAGCUAUCAUGGACGGGAGGUGUGAAGGGGCUAAGUGGCGACAAAGAAAAAAGUAAACUUUUGGCAGGAAGGGCGAACACACUUUUGAAGAACUUAAAGGUCCAAUUUCCAGGCCUUCCACGGACAACGUUGGAUCUUGACAAGAUUCAAUCUAACAAGGACGUAGGACAAGCUAUACUCGAGAGUUACUCUAGGGUGAUAGAAAGUUUAGCUUUCAACUUAAUGGCAAGGAUUGAUGAUCUCUUAUACGUUGAUGAUGCUACCAAGAAACGAGUGGCAGCAGAAGUUAGAGCUGCCGCAAGUCAACAGCUUAAAAGGUCGUCGACAGUGCGUGGUAGUUCAUGGUCAUCUAUGGUGACAGCACCGGAAUUCAGUCCUUCGCCUUUGACAAUUAGAACACGGGAUAAGAGAAGGUUUUCAUACUGUUCAACUAGCAAUAUUGAUUCAAUGGAAGAAGCUUUAGAAAGAUUAACAUUUAACUAGUAGUCAUCAUAGUUAUGAAGAUAUAGAUGUAUAAUAAUAUAUUUAUAUUUAUGUAUAUGGGUUAAAUUUACUUGUGGGAUAUUAUUUCUUUCGUCUAUGGUGACAUAAUGUCAUAAUGUGGCAUGUUGUUGGCUUAGUUA